CCACUUCGCUGCUAGACGCUUCUCGCUCACGCGCUCUCUCUCUCUCCCAGGCGGCUUCCCAUGGCUUUUGCUUUGCGGCCGGAGCCUAUCCACUAACGGAGAAACUUUUCCAGCCAUUUCUUCUCCCCACCCCCUUCCAGGAGAGGAUUAAAAGUUCCAAGAACUGGUGCCGCCAGUGCCACUUGGGUACUCGCCGGAGAGUUCCCAGUCUCAGCCAUGUGCACCAACAUAGUUUACGAGUGGCUGAAAGCGUUACAGCUCCCGCAGUACGCCGAAUCCUUCGUGGAUAAUGGCUAUGAUGACCUGGAAGUGUGCAAGCAGAUCGGAGACCCGGACCUGGACGCCAUCGGGGUGCUGGCUCCAGCGCACCGCCGGCGCAUCCUGGAGGCUGUGUGCCGGCUGCGCGAGCAGGACGCGGCCGCCGCCGGCCUCUACUUCACGCUCGAGCCGCAGCCCGUGCCACCCGCACCGCAGGUGGACACGGUGCCCCCAGGCCGCCGGGGGGAGCCAUGUGGCAGCUCGGCCCAGGGCACUCGCGGGGACCCCCGAGGCCAGGCGAGCGCUCCUCGCAGCAGGGAGCUGGUGAGCUACCCCAAGCUGAAGCUGAAGAUCAUGAUCCGGGAUAAGCUGGUCCGCGAUGGCAUCCACCUGAGCAAGCCCCCGUAUUCGCGCAAGGAUGGUUCCCUGGGAAACAUCGAUGACCUGGCACAGCAGUAUGCAGACUAUUAUAAUACCUGCUUCUCCGACGUUUGUGAGCGGAUGGAGGAGCUUCGGAAGCGGCGAGUUUCCCAGGACCUGGAUUUGGAGAAACCCAACGCCAGCCCCACGUCACUUCAGCUGCGGUCCCAGCUAGAAGAGUCCCUUGGCUUCUGCAGUGCUGUCUCAACACCAGAAGUGGAAAGAAAGUACCCUCUUCAUAAAUCAAACUCGGAAGACGGCUGUGUAGGAAAAGGAGACUGGAAGAAGAAAAAUAAGUACUUCUGGCAGAAUUUUCGAAAGAACCAAAAAGGAAUAAUGAGACAGACUUCAAAAGGAGAAGAUGUGGGCUAUGUGGCAAGUGAGAUAACGAUGAGCGAUGAGGAGCGGAUUCAGCUAAUGAUGAUGGUCAAAGAGAAAAUGAUCACCAUUGAAGAAGCGCUCGCUAGGCUGAAGGAAUAUGAGGCCCAGCACCGGCAGUCAGCUGCAUUGGACCCUGCGGACUGGCCCGAUGGCUCCUAUCCGACACUGGAUGGCUCAUCCACCUGCAAUUCAAGAGAACAAUCGGAUGAUGAGACGGAGGAGUCGGUGAAGUUUAAGAGGUUACACAAGCUGGUAAACUCUACUCGAAGAGUCAGAAAGAAACUAAUUAGGGUGGAAGAAAUGAAAAAGCCCAACACUGAAGGUGGAGAGGAGCAUGUGUUUGAAAAUUCCCCGGUCCUGGAUGAAAGAGCCGCACUCUACUCUGGAGUGCACAAAAAGCCAUUUUUCUAUGAUGGUGCCCCGGAGAAACCUCCUGAAGACGAUUCGGAUUCUCUCACCCCAUCUCCGUCAUCAAGCAGCCUGGAUACUUGGGGAGCUGGCCGGAAGUUGGUCAAAACCUUCAGCAAAGGAGAGAGUCGGGGCCUGAUUAAGCCCCCUAAGAAGAUGGGGACAUUCUUCUCCUAUCCAGAAGAAGAAAAGGCCCAGAAAGUGUCUCGCUCCCUCACGGAGGGGGAAAUGAAGAAAGGCCUUGGGUCCUUGAGUCAUGGGAGAACUUGCAGUUUCGGUGGAUUUGACCUGACAAACCGUUCCCUGCAUGUUGGCAGUAACAGUUCUGACCCCAUGGGUAAAGAGGGAGAUUUUGUGUACAAAGAGGUAAUCAAAUCACCUACUGCCUCCCGCAUCUCUCUCGGGAAAAAGGUGAAAUCGGUGAAAGAGACAAUGAGGAAGAGGAUGUCUAAAAAAUACAGCAGCCCUGUCUCUGAGCAGUCCAGGACCCUAGCCCAUGGACCGACACCCACAGUUAGGGACUCUGGGCUUGAUGGAAUGCCCGGCUCCCCAGCCUUGGUAAAACCUGACUCGGAACAUGUGGACAAGCCCAAGCUCAAAGCCGGGGGCUCCGUAGAAAGCCUGCGAAGUUCUCUGAGUGGCCAGAGCUCGAUGAGUGGUCAGACUGUCAGUACCACCGAUUCCUCCACCAGCAACAGGGAAAGCGUCAAGUCAGAAGAUGGUGAUGACGAAGAGCCACCCUACCGGGGUCCCUUCUGUGGGCGUGCCCGUGUGCACACUGACUUCACCCCCAGUCCUUAUGAUACAGACUCUCUGAAGCUCAAGAAAGGAGAUAUCAUUGAUAUAAUAAGCAAGCCGCCCAUGGGUACCUGGAUGGGUCUGUUGAACAACAAAGUCGGCACAUUCAAGUUCAUCUAUGUGGAUGUACUAAAUGAGGAAGAGGAGAAGCCCAAGCGUCCUGCCAGGAGGAAGAGGAAGGGAAGGCCACCCCAGCCGAAGUCUGUGGAGGAUCUCCUGGAUCGGAUCAACCUGAAAGAACACAUGCCCACUUUCUUGUUCAAUGGCUACGAAGACCUGGACACCUUCAAGCUCCUGGAGGAAGAAGACUUAGAUGAAUUAAACAUCAGGGACCCAGAACACAGAGCAGUUCUCUUGACAGCGGUGGAGCUCUUACAGGAAUAUGACAGUAACAGUGACCAGUCUGGGUCCCAGGAGAAGCUGCUGGUGGACAACCAAGGCCUGAGUGGAUGUUCCCCUCGGGACUCUGGAUGCUACGAAAGCAGUGAGAACUUGGAAAAUGGCAAAACUCAGAAACCCAGCGUUCUGUCUACCAAGUCGUCCACGGAGUCCAACUUAAAGUCUUUCAACAGGAGCCAGCCAGGCAAUUACCCGACAUUGCCUUUAACAAAAUCAGUGGAGGUGCGCAAGCAGGCAGAGGAAGGCAGGCUGGGACGCGGUCUAGCCCCUGACACUGCCAAGCGCUGUGAUGUGCCCUGUAUGACUGGUUUGAAUAAAAACCGAAGGAGCCUCCCGGUCUCCAUCUGUCGCAGCUGUGAAACUCUGGAGGGUCCUCAGCCAGUUGAAAGUUGGCCUCGAUCCCAUUCCCUGGAUGACCUUCAGGGAGAGGCUGAUGCUGGAAAGGGUGUGCCUACCGAGGGGCAGGAAGCCUGUCCUCAGAAUGUACCAGAAGUGCCACAGAAGAUGUCUGCCUGCACCUCCGAGGCUCUGCCCCCAGGCCGAGAUCCAACUGCAGAAGACAUGAUGCUUCUGACCCAAAGCAAGAGAUUUUCCGACCCCCCGAAAAUGAUGGCUAAGAAACUGGAUGGCUCUGCAGUGGCCUCUAACCUUGGCAUAUCUCCUCCUCAGUGUGUACCCAGAAAUUUCGAGGCUCAGCCUCCAGUUAAACCCGGCUUAACAAGGACGUCUUUUGAGGGUCACAGAAAAGGGCAUGACCACCACCCCCUGGGCACCAAAGAAGGGGUAGAUGUGGAGCAGAGCGUUCCUGAGACCAGGACGCAGCCCAGACAUCCGUCGCAGCCCCCUCCUGUACCUGCCAAGAAGAGUCGAGAGCGCCUGGCCAAUGGCCUGCACCUGGUCUCCAGCCUGGAGGCACCCACCCUGCCGUUGAAGAAGGCCAGCCCUGCCAGCCCCGCCAGCCCCUGUGACUGUCCCUCUCCCCGGGAGCCCAGGCCUCCCUCAGGGACUGAACCGGGCAGCCCAACCUGUGCGAGACCUCCACCCUGGCUGGCGGAGCUGCCGGAGAGUACCAGCCUGCAAGAACACGGUGUGAAGCUGGGCCCAGUGCUGAGCAGGAAGGUUUCCUGCGUCCGGGGCGUGGACCUGGAGAUGCUCACCGAGAACAAGCUGCAAGCCGAGGGCAUUGAUCUCACUGAGGAGCCCUACUCUGAUAAGCAUGGCCGUUGUGGAAUCCCUGAAGCUCUGGUGCAGAGAUAUGCCGAGGAUUUAGAUCAGCCCGAGAGGGAUGUUGCCACCAAUAUGGACCAGAUCCGAGUGAAGCUGCUUCGGAAGCAACAUCGGAUGGCGAUCCCAAGUGGCGGGCUCACGGAAAUCUGCAGAAAGCCCCUCUCUCCUGGAUGUGUUGCAUCCAUGUCGGAUUGGCUCAUUUCCAUUGGCCUGCCCAUGUACACCAGCACCCUUUCUGAAGCAGGGUUCAGCAUGCUGAGCCAAGUGCCUUCCCUGUCCCACACUUGCCUUCAGGAGGCGGGCAUCACAGAGGAGCGACAUAUAAGGAAGCUCAUAUCCGCAGCCAGACUCUUCAAACUGCCAUCAAGCCCCGAGGCCAUGUAGCCAGGCCUGCCAUGGCCUUCCCUGGACAAGAGCCAGCCUUCCACUGUGCUUACGAAGCUGAUACAAUCCCUCCACAUCUGCUGGGGUUGACCUGAUCCAGAAGGAAAGUCCCCACACGGGGCUCACAAAUCGCAGGGUUCGAACCCAAACGGAGGAAAAAAAAUACCCCCCACUCCAAGGAAAUCGGUGUGGUUCUCUUAGGGCCCCAAAGGCAAGACAAGCACUUAGUUUUGUUUUCAGACACAGAAGAGCCAAGAUGCCAACUUAUUGCAAAACACUGUGCAUCCAGUCUGUCUUUGUGCUCGCAGAGGGCUAGAAGGAGAGGCCAAGGCCUGCUUGUGUCUGAUUGUGCCCUUGCCUAUCUGUUGUCACCCUGCUGGAUGCCGGAGCCCGCGGGCUGAGCUAGGCCAAAGCAACAGACUCUGGAUUUUCUGUACACUAUUGACCAUACUCAUUUGUUCAGAAGCGAGAACAGCUGACUACACCAAGAACAGAACAGUCCUAUUCUCCUGUAGAUACACAAGAGACAUUUUAAUUGCUUUCUAGCAAUUAGCUUUUAUUUGCCUUAAUAUAAACUUUUAAUCAGUUAUCUAUCUAGUGUCCGCAACCCUUAACCCUAGUUCCAAGUCUUCAGCUUAAACUGCCAUCUAACGUAUUUGGGGUGUUUCCAGCAAAAAUAGCCCCCCCACCUUUUUUUUUAACAGUUUCAUUCUAACAUGGUUUAUUUUGUAGGGGUGAUUACCAGGCACACAUUUCAUGUUGACUUUUAGCUUUUAAACUAACUACAAUUUCAGUACAAGUCGAUCUGCACUCUCAGAGGGUAACCUAUUUUCACAUGAGCAUGAGUAGUGACCGUCCUUCCUUGUACUCAUUUUAGUGAGUGGCCAUCACAGUAGUCACGACGUUGCAGCAUUUAUGUAACGAAUCCUGACCACAUCUAUUCCAAAAUGGAGUCAUCAGCUAAUGGGUCACCUUUGCAGAGAGACAUUGUAAUGUUGCAAAUUUCAGAAAAAAAAUUUUUUUUUCUAAAAAGGGAAGUAGUUUACAUGCAGUUUAUUUAACUUUGUUUUUUUUUUUUUUCCUUUUUGGCCAGUUCUAUAAUUGUUUUUUUGUAAUCUUUCAUUUGUUAAUUAUUUUAAUUCAAACAAAGGUUCAUUACACAGCCAGACAAGCCACAUUAGCUGUGUGUUAAAUAUUGCAUAUUUUCCAUUGUUUUUCCAGCAGUGAUUUCAGCAUAGUCUAUCCUCUCCCUGUCUAGUGUCUGGUUUUUCUAGCAAUUGGCAACUUAGACAGGUACACAGGCUCCAUUGCUUACAAAGUGUUUUUUCUUCAUAUUCUCACAAGCUCUGUGUGGAGUCUCAAGUUAUCAUAGAAGCGCUUUGAACACAGGACCUGGACCAAAAGUCCUCUGAAAUUUCAUUGGGUUAUUAAAACAUGAUUUCCCUCAGGGGAGAAGGGCAAGUGAUUUUGUUAAUAACAAAGCCAUCCUGACUGUAUGCUUUAUACGGCUGAAUCCAUGUCUCUGAGGAAAUGAACAUUCUCAGGUGAUCUUUUUUUAUUUUAGUUUCACAUUUGGUAUGCGUUUAAAAUAACAAUGCAUGUUUCUUCAUUUCCACUCGCCGUCUAUAAGAUGCCAUGUGAAGAAGUUGAGGCAAUUUAAAAUAAAAAGGUAAAGCCCCCAAAUUCCUAAUGCACUUAAAAAAAAAAAAAAGUGCUCAUGGUUGGCCUCUUGGGUUGUGGCAUAGCCCACCUAAUGGGUGGGGAUGCAGGGUUCUCAGCCAGCUACAGCAUCCUGGCAGUUUUGCAUGCUGUUGUGGGGCUGGUAUACGAAAACAGGCUUCUCCCCUUGCUUUUGAAGUAACCCCAGGCCUGACAUUGUAACUGAUUCUGCUCAGGACUUUAGCUGAGUAAAGAGACUACAAAAAGUCUCUUUAGAGAUAACAAGGGAGAAGGAGAAAUCACGUGUGAAUUUCCAAGUUUUAGUUCAUUCUCAGUGUAGAGUUUUCUUUUAAAUCAAACUAGCACCAGAGGUCUUGAGAAUGCCAAACAAUAUUUUUUAUCACUCUGGAAAUCAUUGCCUUUGCAUGGAAAAUUAAAUUCAGGGACCAUGAAUUUAGUGUGAAUGUCUGAAGGGGCUGAGGUUGUUUUCUUUCUUUUUUUCUUUCUUUCUUCCCUUCCUUCUUAUAUAGCUUUAGUGUUUAUUUUUGUUUUAUUUUGCUUUUAACAAUUCAUUUGGUCUGAAUAAAGCCUGAAUGUUGGUGUGUGACACUGAGGUGGCUUGGGGCUGCCUGUGGCUGUUAGCGGACAGGUGGCAGGCUUUAGCAAUAUCCAGUUUUGAUCAGUUGCAUUAGGUACAGAAUUUUGAGUGACGGUGAAAAUUGUUGUCUUUGGAAAGCACAAAAGAAACCUGGAAAGGCGUUUCGGCUCAGGUAGCUACCCAGAAUGUGUGUGAUUUGUACGUCACAGCUGUCUGCAGAGAAAGCAGCUGCCCAAACUACUAUUUACAUUCCCAGAUGACGAGAGCAAAUAGCUUUUCAUGGCCUUGCGUAUUUGGGGGCCCUUUUCUCUGUCCUGACCCCAGGUGUGGAUGAAAUUGGAAAUGAUUCCUCUGUGAGAAGUGUAUCCCCGGCGCAGCAGAGUGUCUUUCACAAAUGCAGUGGAACCGAAGGAGGUUCCCAAGUCACUUGCUGUGUGCUGAUUGAGUGAAGUUCCAGAAAAAUCUAACUGUCUUUCGUCCACGUUAUCUUGAUUUUUAAAUUGAUAAAAAGAAAAACAAACUGUCAAGCAAGUUAUAUGACAACUAACAACAUUGCACUUUCUGUAUAUGAAAUCAAUAUUUAAAUAACUUAUUUUUCUCCAUUGCUGUUCUUAAACAUUGUAAGUAGCUGUAAUAUACCAAUACCAAUACGUUCUUGCAAUUGCUUCAGCCCAAGAAAGCUGUGUAUUGUUUUAAAAAUUGUAAAAAAAAAAAUAUUGUGAUGAUCCAUUUAGAAAAAGAAAGGUGGACAGGAGGGGUUUCCUGUGUAUCAAAACUUGUCUAUAAUUAUGUCAUCUAUGUACCUAGGGGAAAAAGUAAAUAAAUUUCUUCAGUUGA